AUGAGCUACUUCCGCAUUACCCUCCUCCGCUCCGCAAUCGGUCUCCCGCGCCGAUCAACAGACGUCCUGAAGGCCCUUGGUCUCAAGAAGCGCAUGAGCAUCGUCUUCCACCCCGUGUCUCCGUCCAUCGCUGGUCAAAUCAUGAAGGUCAAGGAGAUUGUCUCCGUCCAAGAGGUGGAUCGGGCGCUUACAAAGCAAGAAGUGCGUCUUGAGCGGAAACCUGAUCCGGGAUAUUAUAUUGAGAAGAGUGGGGUGGCGGAGCGCAAUGAGUUAAGCGGGCAGUAA